AUGCGGGCCCUGCGAGAGAAUACACGCGAUGUAGAGCAUGUUCUACAUGAUGUAAGUGUCUCUCUUCGACAAUUUCAGGGGCCUAACGGCCUGCGCUGCCUUCUGGAGCAUGGUAAGCUCUCUAUUCUCUCUGUGUUAGGCGAAUUUCAAAAGACCAGCGACGAAGUAUACAGUGACCGCAUGAAGGUGGUAUCGCAGACACGGGCUGCACUGAUGCGCUUGACAGAUCAGUUUGAAAUGGUUGGAAAAACCGUUGAAUCACUUAUUUUUCAACUUGACGAGGUGUUUUCAGACCUUCAACAGUUCAUGGAGGUGUGUGAACGGCACCUUGAGUCAAAGAGUCCAAGUGUCAAUGGAGAAGAAGAGUUUAGUUCAAUUCAGCUGGUCGGUAGCAAUUUGCGGACAUUGGCUAAUGAUCUGACCUGUAACAUUAAGGUCAAUUGUUGUGGUAUUCAAUCGGCUUCUCUUGGACAACUCGAAGAAACCUAUGCGGAUGUCAUGUAUGAAGUUGGUAGGGCUCAAACUUCAUUUGAUGGACAGAGAAGAAAGGCGCAGGUGUGUGAAAACGAGCUGAAAAAAGCUCGUUCAGGUGCGCAGUCGGAUAGGGUUGAAGUGGCAGAGGGCAAGUUCCAACGAUCGUUGGAGGCAUUGCAGAAAAGUGGUGAUCAAUACAAUGGAAUAUUGCAGCGUAGUAUGGAUAAAACAUCUUUUGUCUUGGAGCAGGUGUCGAUGUCAACAUGGGAUGCAAGCAAUGUAUUCUUCCUUCAGUUGAGCACGUUCUUCAAGGACGCAGUAAAAGGCUUCGACCAAGUUGCUGACACGUUGUUGUCAGUGAAGAAUGGCCGAGGCGUUUCUAAGCGGAUAAACUCCGAGAAACGAGCUGCUGCUACUGCUUCCGUGCAACAGUCAAGUCAAGGGAAUGCAGAUCCGCUUACACCGCAAAAUUAUGAGCUAGUAGAUCUAUUUUCUGUGCAACCCGAGGAGAAGACUGUUCCUCGUUUUGAGAGUGAAGACUUGGCAAACCGAGGGGCAAGAGAGUACGAUGACAUUGACGACAUCUUUAAGUAA